GCUGUGUUCUCUGCUGUCGAAGUGGGACGCGGUCGGCGUGCGUGCUGUUUUGUCUGUAAUGACACAGUUAACGGAUAUCUAUCCGCUCAGCAGCUGAUAUCUGAUGACACUGACCGCAGAGCGGCUUGUUUCCACCAUCGUUAAUGAUGAAAAAUCGCGAAUAUCAGCAAAUAGACCCUCAGGCACUCGCGACGCCCGCACCGACUCCUCCAGCGCGAGCUCUGCCCGAGAACAAGCCCGCACGAGCGCGGAGGAAAUGGGAGGUGUUUCCCGGGAAGAACCGCUUCUACUGCGAUGGACGCAUCAUCGUGGCGCGUCAGAGCGGCGUGCUGCCUCUCACAUUGGGGCUCAUACUGGUCACCAGUGGAUUGUUUUUCAUUUUCGACUGCCCAUUCCUGGUGAAGCACCUCACCAGCUGCAUCCCAGUGAUCGGAGGGGUGCUGUUUGUGUUUGUGAUCAUCUCUCUCCUCCAGACCAGCUUCACCGAUCCAGGCAUUCUGCCCAGAGCAACAGCAGAGGAGGCUGCAGACAUCGAGAAGCAGAUCGACAACCCAGCGGGCUCUUCCUCAUCCUACCGCCCCCCUCCACGCACAAAAGAGGUCGUCAUCAACCAGCAGGUGGUGAAACUCAAGUACUGCUUCACCUGCAAGAUCUUCCGUCCGCCGCGCACCUCCCACUGCAGCCUGUGUGACAACUGUGUGGAGCGGUUUGAUCAUCACUGCCCGUGGGUCGGCAACUGUGUGGGAAAACGAAAUUAUCGCUUCUUCUACACCUUCAUCGUCUCGCUCUCCUUCCUAACGGCCUUCAUCUUUGGUUGUGUAACCACACACCUGGCUCUGAGGUCACAAGGAGGAAAUGGGCUGGUCUUAGCUCUCCAAGAGAGUCCUGCCAGUGCUCUUGAGUUAGUGGUCUGCUUCUUCUCAGUGUGGUCCAUUUUGGGCCUCUCAGGCUUCCAUACCUACCUGGUCGCUGCUAAUCUUACGACUAAUGAGGAUAUUAAAGGUUCGUGGUCAGGCAAGAGCGGGAAUGAGGACGUGGAAAAUCCAUACAGCUACAACAGUAUCAUAAAAAACUGCUGCUCUGUUCUCUGUGGACCCAUGCCACCUAGUUUGAUUGACAGGAGAGGGUUUGUGCCCUCUGAUGACUCUGUUCAGACCAGUCCCUUGGAAAUCGAGCUGCCAGCUGCUAAAAACGACAUUAACAUGUGCACACAGGGCACUAAAGGUCUGCUGGAAACAGCUUCUCGUUCUCCUCUCCUGACAAGCUCCUGUCCGCAAGCCAAGCCCCAAGUGGUGCCACCAGCUCUGGACCCUCUUCAAGAGAUCGUCCCCUCUCCUGCCCCAGAGCCGCCCAAGAUCGCUGGAGGACGCCAGUCAACCAGCACGCCUCACAAACACCACUCUCAUCACAGAUCCAAAGGAAAGCAAACCGGUCAUCACACCCACAAGAUGACCAACUCCUCUCCAAGACCUCAUCAUAGUCACAGUUCAAGAGGGCAUAAAGACUCAAAGACCAGAGACCAAAAAUUCAGUUCUCUUCGCUGAACACUCUUGACUCCAAGAAUCUGCAAACGUCCUCACGUUGGGGAUGUUGAUGCGUUAAUUUGCUUGGAUUGUCUGAGUUUGUAUUCAUAGGAUUGAUUCAUUAAAGGUGAAGUUUGUAAUCUCUGUGCCAUCAAAUGGAAUUGCGAAACUACUGACUGUUUUCAGACAGGUUUCCCGAACUCAAACCAUUGGUUGCACCAAUGUUCUUAUGUUGUGCUAGUCGGGAUGCUCAAACAAAUGGAGCAAUAUUUUGGUGGCACAACGGAGUUGCACGUUUUGGGGAAAUCAACCUACAAAUGGCUUACUUAUAGUGUUUGCAUAAUAAACUGGAAUAUAUAAACUGGGAAAGUAUUUUAGCAUUGAAAGAAAUUGAAUUCUUCGGUUUUAAUAAACUAAGCACAGUAUUAAACUGUUACUGUACCAUAGAGGAUUACUAUCACACCAGUGGUCCUCAAUGAUCAGUGAAGUUACGAAGUAUGGACUCCCUUUUGGAUUGGUUUAAAUGAAAAACUGUAUAUUGAAUCUACUGGUUGUUCCCAUGAUAUUUCAAAUGUUGUAGACAAGCACAAAGAUGGUCCAUCGGUCUAAAGAAACAAAUUACAGUCAAAUGCCAUUGAGACUAGUCUGUUCUCAGUGUGUUUCUAAAAGAGCUUUA